CUCUCUUUCUCAAAUGAACCUAAACCAUAGCUUCAUACAGACGCAUGCACCCAAUCAAUAAGACCUAGCAUACACGUGCACAGUAGGCGGUAUACGCAGAAGAAGUUAAGAGACCAGAAGUUUUGUGGAUUUGGACAUGGGUCUGUUCCUCCAUCCCUACAGUCUGCUGGCUGUUCUGUUCCUCAGCCCAGCAGGCUACAGUAGGUUUGAACUCCAUGACCAAGAGAAGCCAGUCAAAUGCAGGGCAAGGGUCUAAUGAUGUUCAACAGCUUCUCAGAACGACGGCAACUUCUGGCCGUACAGAAAGAUCAUUCUAAAAGCUCAACUGUUACAGCCUCAGCCCAGAGUGGCAUGAAUCAGACCGACCUUACAGACAUCCUGAAGGGUGGGUCCACGACAGCCGCUGUGUCUGGGACCUAUUCUGUGGCUUCAACAACACCGUCACCAGACAAUGCUACUACUCUGGGUCAGGUUAUAAGCACAACAACAGCCUCUCAAAGGACCGGUCUGACACCAUCUCAAACCUCCACCUUCUCUGUGUUUGGGACCGGUCAAAUCACAGAAACCUCCAGAGUGGCAGCUUUUCAUUACUCAUCAACCUCGCUAGGAAGCACCAGCAGUGUAAGUUCCAAAUUGCAGGCAACAACAUCUCAGACACCUACACCCUCGCCAGAGGCAAAGAAACCAGCCACCACCUCCCACACCACAGCCCCAGCGCAAGGAUCGCCAGCUGCACCAGCAGAGUGCUGCCCACCCACUGUCACCUCCUCUGAUGGAGCUCCACACACCCAGGCGGAUGUCCAGCCCACACAGCCCCACAACGACAGCCUCACCAUCACCAUGGUGGCCUUCGGCAUGAUGAUCUUCAUCCUGAUACUAAUUGUAAUCACGGUGAUUUUAGUUACGGCCGUCAACCUCAAAGGACGAUGCAGCACCCCCAAGGAUGAUGGUAAAAAGAACAGUGAUUCCAUGGAGUCUGAAACCAACACCACAACCAAUGGAGAUAAAGACAGCAUCACUUUAGUCUCUAUAAAGACGAUCAACACUGACACAGACUCCCAUCGGUUCUCUUCAGUUCCUAGUACAACGUUGGAUGUUGAGAAUCUGACACUGAGGCAGGACCUACUGAACACCAAGCUGGUGUGAGGAGAAAGAAUAUCAUUGCGCCAUUUACUUGCCAUUCCAGGACUGAAAUGUGAAAACACAAUGUGGACAUCAAGUUUAUGGUCCUCUUAAGCAUUGCUUGGUUAUUAGCCUGUUCAUGGUCACAUGAUUGUUUUUCUCUAUUUCAAACAAAAAAUGUAAUUGCUAUUUGUUGUAAUAAAUAUGUCAGGUUUUCCUUUAUGUGGUGACAAAUACUGAUGUUCAGCCUACAUUGUGUUUACU